AUGAAGUUGCCUACCAUCUACAAUGUCCAGCUCGUGGCCAUCAUCGCGACCCUCGGUGGCGCGCUGUUUGGCUUCGACAUUUCCUCCAUGUCGGCCAUCGUGGUGACCGACCAAUACAUCGAGUACUUCAACAACCCAUCCGGCGUUAUCCAAGGUGCCAUUGGUUCUGCCCUCGCGGCCGGUUCUGUCGUUGGUUCUGCCGUUGCCGGUCCGCUGUCUGACAAGAUCGGUCGUCGCGACUCCAUCAUGUUCGCUUGCAUCUUUUGGCUGAUCGGCACUUCGGUUCAGGUGGCCUGCCAGAACUACGGUCAGCUCAUCGCCGGCCGUGUGUUGAACGGCUUCACUGUCGGUAUCACCUCCGCUCAAGUCCCCGUCUACCUUGCCGAGAUCGCCAAGGCCGAGAAGCGUGGUUCUCUCGUCAUUAUCCAGCAGCUGGCCAUCGAGUUCGGUAUCCUGAUCAUGUACUUCAUCGGCUACGGCUGUGCCUCCAUCGAGGGCACCGCUUCGUUCCGGACCGCCUGGGGCACCCAGUUCAUUCCGUGCGUCUUCCUCAUGAUCGGCCUGCCUUUUCUCCCGCGAUCCCCCAGAUGGCUUGCCAAGGUGGGCCGUGACAAGGAGGCUAUCGAGACGCUGGCCAACAUCCAGGCCAACGGCAACGUUGAUGACCCGCUCGUCAUUGCCGAGUGGGAGGAAAUCCGCACUGUCAUGCAGGCCGAGAGGGAGGCUGGCAAGGGCUGGAGGAAGUUCUUCAAGAACGGCAUGUGGAAGCGCACCCUGGCCGGCACGUCGGUCCAGGCAUGGCAGCAACUUGCCGGCGCCAACGUCAUCGUCUACUAUCUGACCUACAUUGCCCAAAUGGCUGGCCUUACCGGUGACGUCGCCAUGGUGACCUCCGGUAUUCAAUACGCCGUGUUCAUCAUCUUCACUGGUGUCAUGUGGAUCUUCAUCGACAAGACCGGCCGCCGCACCCUGCUCGUCUGGGGCGCCAUCGGCAUGGCCUUCUGCCACCUGGUCGUCGGCGGCGUCAUGGGCGCGCACAGCACCUACCACCCCGAGGGCGUCGGCAACCCGCCCAACGCGAACAUCGUCAUUGCCGUCACCCCGGGCGCGCCCGCCAACACCGUCAUCACCUUCUCGUACCUCCUGAUCGUGGUCUACGCCCUGACGCUUGCCCCUGUGUGCUGGAUCUACGCCGCCGAGGUGUGGUCGCUGGGCACGCGCGCCACGGGUAUGUCGGUGGCGGCCAUGAGCAACUGGGUCUUCAACUUCGCCCUCGGCAUGUUCACCCCGCCGGCCUUCGUCAACAUCACCUGGAGGCUGUUCAUCAUCUUUGGCGUGCUCUGCGUCGCCGCCGCUAUCUGGUUCUGGCUGCUGUGCCCCGAGACCUGCGGCAAGACCCUCGAGGAGGUCGAGCUCAUGUUCUCCAGCGACGCCCCCUACGCGUGGAAGACCAAGAAGGGCGAGUCGCGCCUGACCGCCGAGAUCGAGGCCGUCGCCGCCCGCCAGCAAAAGGGCGAGGGCGAGGUGGCCGUUCCCUCAGUCGACAGGGAGGAGAAGGUCUAA